CAUCUGGCAGCUGCAGCCACGGUUUGUUUGUAAACAUUCAAGAAACAUGGCCGGAUCCCCGGACGACCCGACUCAAAUGCCUUCCGGGGACGACGACAGGACCGACGUCUUGGAGCUGAACGCCGGCCCCGGGCGCAGGAUGUUCACGGAGGAGGACAGGAGCAUCCUCGGGCUGUCGGCCACCCCCGGGAGGAGGGUGUUCACGGAGGAGGAGCGGCAGUUGCUCCUCCACCUCCUGAAGGACUACCCCCUGCUGGAAAGCAAGAGCUCGGACACACCCACCCUCCAGAAGAAGUGGCGGUUCUGGGUCGAGCUGACGAACCGGUUCAACGCCGCCCACAUGAACACCAAGAGGACGCCAGAGCAGCUGCGGAAGUGCUGGAAGAACAUGAAGAGUAAGGCGAAGAGGAGUCACCACCAGGAUGGUGGGGGGCAUGGAGAACAACAGAAUUCUUCCAUCACCUACAUCAGAAAUAAUGCUUCACCCACAUUGAUGAAUGUAGAUGUGGAUCCAACGCUUGUUGACCAAUCUCCUGAGCCAGUACAAGAUGCAUGGGAAGGUGACCAUACCACAAAAAAUGGAAAUGAUAAGGAGUAUUCCAUGAAAAUCCAGACGAUUAAGCCUGAAAUAGCAACAUCACCAUCAUCCUCCAGUCAGCCACCUUCUAAGACUCAAAAUCGUCCAGCCUCUUUUCGUGUACCUCCAGAGAAUGACGUCCCCGCGGACUUGGAAACCGCUCCUUCGAGUGAUUCUAUGUGGCCUCUCUCUCUCAGACCUUAUCAAAAACGUAAAUUAGAUUCGAUUCUCGAACAGGACCAAAAGUUGAUAAGUAGCCAGCUUACUUUAUCUAAAAUAGAGGAAGAAAAGAACCUAUUACAGUUGAAAAUUUUAAAUGAACAGUUAAAAAAUGUACAAAAGGAAGCCAAUUUAUUAGAUAAAAAAAUCAUGUUGACCGACCGAAAAAUUCAGUAUUGGGACAGAAUGUUGAAAAAAGGUGGUGAAAAUCAUGUUUUUCCUAAUAUGUAAAUAGUGUAAGGGAGAAUUUUUGUAAUGUUAUCUAACAGUGUUUGUAUACUACUCUCGUAUGAGAGGAAUUCUGAUUUUUUGGGAUUGAAGAAAGUUGGAAGUUCUGUACGUAACUUUUGAUAUUUAAAAAUUUGUCUUUCAUAACAUUUAUAUAAUAAGGGUAUUGUGUACAGUGCUUUUUCCCUUUUAUUGUUUUUUUCCUUUUGAGAUGAGAUCUGUUUUAAGAUAACUGUGUUUUGAGUUUGCUAAAAUGCAGGAUGUUACUCCUGACUUUUCAGAUUUUUGUUAAACAAGGGUUUCAAGUCCCUGACAUCAUCCUAACAAGGUCAUGUUAGGCAUCUAUGACGCGUUGUUUUCUUGAAGAGUUUGAAUAAGUAACUUCUAAUUUAUGUACCUAUUCGUCAAAUGUCACCUUCAUUGUCAUUCAUCUUUCAUUCCGUGCAUGCAGGUAAAAAAUUCAUCUUCAGUGUUACCCUUCAUUUUCAUUAUGUUUAUUGUACAGUACCUGUACCUUAUGAAAUCAUAAUGUCCAGAAAGUUUCUGUGGCUAGUAUCUAGCCGGGUUUCCUAGUCAUGAGUUGCAGUUAAUAAAUUUUGUAUACUGUGCAA